AUGGCAUUGCAUGGAUGUGCAUGUGUCGAGCCAGCUCUCCAAGAGGGUUGCGGACCGUUCUGUCUUCCCAGCAUGGGAGCGGCGGCGUGUCAUGGGGGCGUAGAUUGUUGCGCCGAUCAAGGCAAUGCCGAUGCAGAAGAAGGUGCGACUCGCAAGACCAUCCAUUCGAUGGAAUGCUUUGCAGAUACGCAGGAGCCCAUGUGCACAUUCGAUUGCGACGCGGAAGGGGAGCCCAUGAAGAAUCGUCCAGACAUCGACCCUGCAAUUGCAACUGCGUCCCUCAUGGUCCGACGGGAGCCGCGAGGGAGCCAAAGCCGCUUGGAGCAAAGUGCCCAUUUGGCGCUUGAUCGCGAAAUCGCCCGCUCAGUCCCGCUGGCACGCACUUUGCAGGGUUUGGGCCAUCUUUGGCGAUCGCGGCCGAACAAAAUGAGCCAGGACGAGUUGCUAAGCUUGUGGCAAUCUUCCCAGAAGGCAGAUUCAUACGAUGCCUUCCUAUCGCACACAUGGUGGACACCUGGAUACCAGAAGUUUUUGUCUCUUUUGUUGCGUUCCUACUGGCACUUUGCCGUGCUUUCUUUUGCCGUGACGUGCCUUGGGAUCGUGAUCAUGUAUGUGUUUGACAUCUUGCCAAUGCCUUUGACCUUCGCUGCGGAGUUUGCCCAGUGGCGGUAUGAGAUCCCCUGCGGACCCUGGGCAACCAUCUCGGGAUUCGUGGUGUCGCUCCUGACCCUGCUGAGCGCCCCUUCUUUUCCUUGCCAGAGAUUCGCCGUUUUCAUGGACGUGGCAUGCAUACAUCAAACAGACAUGCGUUUGCGCGAGCGAGGCAUCUAUAGCAUCGGAGGCUACAUGACCGUUGCCAAGGAGCUGCGCAUCCUGUGGUCUGUGCCUUACCUGACGAGGUUGUGGUGCAUCUUCGAACUUGCCGGAUAUCGCAGGGCCAAUCCGCAAGGCAAGCUGGUCUUCCAGCCCCUGCUUGUGGAACGUAACUUCCUGGUUUUUUGGUUCUGCACCUUCCUGUUCAGCUGCACCUUCCACGUCAUUAACACAGGUUUGAGGUUGAGGGGCGCGGUUGCUAUUCCCACGCUCUUGGCUUGCGGUGCCCUGCUGCCCGGCGUGCACACCAUUCGGAAGGGGUUCCAAGAGCAGCAGCGAAGCCUUCGGGAUAUGGCGAGCUUUGACCUAAGUCGGGUCUCCUGCUCGAGUGACGAUGAUCGGCAAUUCAUUCUCACGGCGGUGGCCGAGUGGUAUGGAAGCAUCGAUGCAUUUGCAGAAUAUGUCCGCGGGCCGCUUCGGGAUGAGCUGUUGCAGGUGUACGCAGAGACGCGGGCUCCCAUGUCUUACUGCCUGCUUGCAUAUACUCCGCCGGUCGCCAUCUACGCCGACGUGGUGGGGGCACUCUGGAAGGCAGGAGCGCCCAGCGAGGUAUUGUGGACCUACUGCCUUGGAGAGGGCCUGUCGGGCAUCCUGGGCGGCGCGAUUCUGGUGAAGGUGUUGUUCAUCCUCGCGAAGCACUUUGCCCAGCCCAAGUUUGCGAGCCGGGGCAUGGACUACCUGCAGAGUGGCGGUGUGAUGCUGGUCUUUCUUCUGUCGGUCGGAAUCUUUUUGACGAGGCCGGCAGUCUACCGUACUCUGGGGCUGCCUGGUGCGCUGGCAACCCUUGUGGUGACAGCGCCCUGCUUCGCGGCGAUCUUCCGGCGCGACCUUUACAAGUUGGGCCAUGCCCUGAGAGCAUGCGUCUCAGGGUCAUAA